AUGAACCCUUUUGAGCAGAACAACAAUGACGCAGACGACGACUCCAGGCUACCCCGCAAGCGGAGGAAUAGAUGGGAACAGUCGCCGGACCACGGUGAUGAUCGUCCCAAGAAAAUACCCAAAACGACGUCGGAUUGGGACUUGCCAGAUUCCACGCCGAAACCGAUGAGAAGGAACCGCUGGGACGAGACACCAAUAGACGCUCCGAUCUUCGAUUCCGACGCCACUCCGUCUCUUUCAAUCACCGCCACGCCGACUCCGAAAAGCUCAAGGUGGGACCAGACGCCCCAGGCCGCCGCGGCGGAUUUCACACCUGGAAAGACUCCCUUCGGCGGAGCCGGGAUCGCUACGCCGACGCCGGGAGGUAUCAAGGUCAUCACGCCGGAGGAGGAUUUGAGUGAUGAGCAGUUGGAUGCUAUGAUUCCGGCGGGGUAUAAGAUAAUGGAACCUCCAGCGGGGUACAAGCCGAUUAGGACUCCGGCAAGGAAGCUUCUCGAGACGCCAAAGACUCCGUUUUACACGAUUCCGGUGGAGAAUCGGGGACAGAUGUUUGAUUUGCCUAAGGAGACGCCGGACGGCGUGGCCCUGCAGCCGGAGGAUUACCAAUUUUUCGGGCCGUUGAUGAUUGAGGUAGAUGAUGAGGAGUUGUCGGCGGAGGAGGCGAGAGAUAGGAGGAUUAUGAAGCUUCUGCUGAAGGUGAAAAACGGCACGCCGCAGCAGAGGAAGGCAGCAUUGAGGCAGAUUACUCUGAAGGCUGUUGAGUUUGGUGCCGGGCCGUUGUUUGACCGCAUCCUGCCUCUGCUGAUGCAACAGGCUGCAGGAAAGGACCAGGAGAGGCAUCUUCUUGUGAAGGUAAUUGAGAGAGUGCUUUAUAAGUUGGAUUAUUUGGUGUGUCCUUAUGUGGAGAAGAUUCUUAUUGUUGUGUUGCCUUCAUUGAUUGAUGAAGACUAUUAUGCGCGUGUCGAAGGGAGAGAGAUUGUCUCCAAGCUUACUAAAGCAGCUGGUUUGGCUAGUAUGAUUGCAGCCUUGCGUAAGGGUAUUGAUGAUGCUGAUGAAUAUGUCAGGAACACAACUGCUAGGGCUUUCAGCGUUGUUGCUCAUGCUGUUGGUGUUCCUGCUCUCUUGCCUUUUGUGAAAGCUGUGUGCAUGAGCAAGAAAUCGUGGCAGGCACGUCACACGGGGAUCAAGAUUGUUCAGCAGAUUGGCAUCUUGAUUGGGCCGGCUGUUCUUCCCUACUUGAAGUCUCUGGUGGAGAUUAUAGAACAUGGUCUCAGUGAUGAAAACCACAGGGUCCGGACAAUUACUGCGUUAUCUGUUGCUGCUCUCGCUGAGGCUGCUGCCCCAUAUGGUAUUGAAAGCUUUGAAUCUGUAUUGAAGCCAUUGUGGCAGGGUACUAGGAGACACCAUGGUAAGGUUUUGGCUGCGUUCUUGAAGGCAAUUGGUUUUAUUAUCCCUCUUAUGGAUGAAACGUAUGCGAGUUACUACACAAAGGAAGUGAUGGUUGUUUUGAUUCGAGAGUUCAAGACUCCUGAUGAAGAAAUGAAGAAAAUUGUGCUUAAAGUGGUGAAACAAUGUGUAAAUACAGACGGUGUGGAGCGUGAAUAUAUAAGAGAUCAUAUUCUUCCUGAGUUUUUCAGAAACUUUUGGAUUAGAAGGAUGGCUUUGGAUAGAAGAAACUACAAGCAACUAGUUGAAACAACUGUGGAGCUAGCAAACAAAGUGGGUGCUUCUGAUAUAAUAGGGAGAAUAGUUGAGGAUCUCAAAGAUGACAGUGAACCAUAUAGGCACAUGGUUGUAGAGACAAUUGAGAAGGUGGUUGUAAAUUUAGGUGCUUCUGAUAUUCAUGAUAGGUUGGAGGAGCUUCUGAUUGAUGGUAUUCUUUAUGCCUUCCAAGAGCAGACCAGUGACGAUGCAAAUGUGAUGCUUAGUGGGUUUGGUGCAGUUGUGAAUUCUCUUGGCCCGAGGGUGAAAUCGUACCUUCCCCAGAUUUGUGGUAUCAUCAAGUGGCGCUUGAAUAACAAGAGUGCAAAGGUCAGACAGCAAGCUGCAGAUCUUAUCUCAAGGAUUUCUGUGGUCAUGAAGACAUGCGAAGCAGAACAACUGAUGGCUCAUCUUGGUCUAGUCUUGUAUGAGUAUUUGGGAGAAGAGUACCCAGAAGUUCUAGGAUCAAUUCUGGGAGCAUUAAAGGCAAUUGUCAAUGUUAUUGGUAUGACAAAGAUGACUCCUCCUAUAAAGGAUCUGAUUCCCAGGUUGGCUCCAAUUCUGAAGAAUAGGCAUGAGAAAGUUCAGGAGAACUGUAUUGACCUUGUUGGUCGCAUUGCUGACCGUGGCGCUGAGUUUGUUCCAGCAAGAGAGUGGAUGAGGAUCUGUUUCGAGCUUCUUGAGAUGCUGAAAGCUCAUAAGAAGGGUAUCCGGCGAGCUACUGUGAAUACUUUUGGGUACAUUGCAAAAGCCAUUGGUCCACAAGAUGUCCUGGGAACUCUCCUGAAUAAUCUCAAGGUGCAGGAGCGUCAGAAUCGUGUUUGCACGACUGUAGCAAUUGCAAUAGUAGCUGAAACGUGUGCUCCUUUUACAGUUCUGCCAGCUCUGAUGAAUGAGUACCGUGUCCAAGAGCUUAACGUCAGGAAUGGUGUUUUGAAAUCCCUGUCUUUCAUUUUUGAGUACAUUGGUGAAAUGGGGAAAGAAUAUAUAUAUGCGGUGACCCCAUUGCUUGAGGAUGCCCUCAUGGACAGAGAUCUGGUUCACAGGCAAACUGCAGCUUCUGUUGUCAAGCACAUGGCUCUGGGGGUAGCUGGAUUGGGUUGCGAGGAGGCGUUAGUCCACUUGCUGAACUAUGUCUGGCCAAACAUAUUUGAGACUUCCCCACAUGUUAUAAAUGCUGUUAUGGAAGCCAUUGAAGGGAUGAGGGUGGGUUUGGGUCCUGCUGUUGUUCUCAAUUACUGUCUCCAGGGGCUGUUCCAUCCUGCUAGGAAGGUUAGGGAGGCGUACUGGAAGAUUUACAACUCACUGUAUAUUGGAGCUCAAGAUGCUCUUGUGGCAGCAUACCCUUUGCUGGAGAAUGAGGAGCAUCAUGUGUAUACAAGGCCAGAGCUGACGAUGUUCGUUUGAGCUGCAUCACAGUUUCUAUGUAGCCAAGGUGCAGAGGUGUACUGCAAGCCCAAACUUAGUGAUGGGAUAAAGAAACUCGUUCAGUUGGCUAAACCCAACAAGGAUUCUUGCUUUUCCAUUAUCUUAUUUUGUGAUAUUUGAAUUUGUGAUGGACUUCUCUGUUGAAAAAGUGUUUUUAUUUUGUGUUUUACUUGUUUUCAGAUUCAACAAGAACUGGAGGUGGCUGAUUUGGGGUUUCCAAAGUGGUAAAAUACAGGCAAAA